GCGGAAGCCGGCUCCCGGUCAGGAUCGGAGCCGGAGAGUCUCAGGCACUGGUCUUCGCGGUGGAUGCUUUUCGGCCCCGCCGCAGCCCCGCGCCGCGGGACGGGGAGACCGGGGUCAAGAAAUUGGAGCAUGGCCAUGAGCACCGGAAACCUCGAUUUUGUGGUUCUAAGCAAUGGCAGCAUCGCAACCAGCACUACCAACCCUGGUCCCCUCACCCCCUGUGAUGGAGACCUUGCAGCCCAGCAGCUCGCACCCAAAGAAGCACCAAGGACAAAAGUGAGUCCAAACGGAUGCCUGCAAGUUAAUGGCACAGUUAAAUCAUCCUUCCUGCCUUUAGACAACCAAAGGACGCCUCAGAGGUUACCCCAAUGCUGCCAUCCUUGCCCAUACCAUCACCCUCUGACUAGCCAUGACAGUCACCAAGAGUGCCAUCGCGAGGCUGGCUCUGCAGCACCUCCCGCUUUGGCCUCGUGUUGCAUGCAGCCACACUCAGAGUACUCUGCAUCUCUCUGUCCAAACCAUUCACCUGUUUAUCAGACUGCGUGCUGUCUUCAGCCCUCUCCAUCCUUCUGCCUGCAUCAUCCGUGGCCUGACCAUUUUCAGCAUCAGCCUGUGCCGCAGCACAUAGCCCGCAUAAGACCAUCCAGACCGUUCAAGUUACCAAAAAGCUACGCAGCCCUGAUCGCAGACUGGCCCGUGGUCGUCUUGGGCCUGUGUACCGUCUUCAUCGUGGUUUGUGCCUUGGUCGGCGUGUUAGUGCCUGAACUUCCUGAUUUCUCUGAUCCAUUGCUGGGUUUUGAACCAAGAGGGACUACAAUAGGCCAGAGACUGGUCACGUGGAGUAACAUGGUGAAAAACACAGGAUACAAAGCAACCUUAGCAAAUUACCUUAAAUAUGCAGAUGAGCAAGCCAAAAGCCAUCGGGAUGAUCCGUGGUCAGAGGAUCACUACGACAGAGAGAAAAGAGAAGUCGACUGGAACUUCCACAAAGACAGCUUUUUCUGCGACGUUCCAAGUGACCGAUAUUCCAGAGUGGUAUUUACCUCGGCUGCAGGGGAGACACUGUGGAAUUUGCCUGCCAUUAAAUCAAUGUGCAAUGUAGAUAAUUCAAGGAUCCGAUCCCACCCGCAGUUUGGCGACCUCUGCCAGAGGACCACGGCCGCCUCCUGCUGCCCCAGCUGGACGCUGGGCAACUACAUCGCUAUCCUGAACAACAGAUCAUCCUGCCAGAAAAUCGUCGAGCGAGACGUUUCCCAUACCUUGAAGCUGCUCCGCACCUGCGCCAAACACUAUCAGAACGGCACCCUGGAGCCCGACUGCUGGGACGUGGCGGCGCGGAGGAAGGACCAGCUCAAGUGCAGCAGCGUGCCGCGCAAGUGUACCAAGUACAACGCCGUGUACCAGAUCCUCCACUACUUGGUGGACAAAGACUUCCUGGCCCCCAGGGCGGCCGACUACGCCGCGCCCACCCUCAAGUACAGCAUGCUCUUCUCGCCCACGGAGAAGGGGGAAAGCAUGAUGGACAUUUACCUGGACAACUUCGAAAACUGGAACGCGUCGGACGGCGUCACCACCAUCACGGGGAUCGAGUUUGGGAUCAAACACAGUCUGUUUCAGGAUUACCUGCUGAUGGACACUGUGUAUCCCGCCAUCGCCAUCGUGAUCGUCCUCCUGGUCAUGUGUGUCUACACCAAGUCCAUGUUCAUCACGCUGAUGGCCAUGUUCGCCAUCAUCAGCUCCCUGAUUGUCUCCUACUUCCUCUACCGCGUGGUGUUUAACUUCGAGUUUUUCCCCUUUAUGAACCUCACCGCGCUCAUCAUUCUGGUCGGCAUCGGAGCGGACGAUGCCUUCGUCCUGUGCGACGUGUGGAACUACACCAAAUUCGACAAGCCUCACGCGGACACCUCGGAGACGGUGAGCGUCACGCUGCAGCACGCCGCCCUCUCCAUGUUCGUCACCAGCUUCACCACCGCGGCCGCCUUCUACGCCAACUACGUCAGCAACAUCACGGCCAUCAGGUGCUUCGGGGUCUACGCGGGGACCGCCAUCCUGGUGAACUACGUUCUGAUGGUCACGUGGCUCCCGGCGGUGGUGGUCCUGCACGAGCGCUAUCUGCUCAACAUCUUCAGCUGCUUCAAGAAGCCGCAGCCGCAGAUCUACGAGAACAAGAGCUGCUGGACGGCGGCCUGCCGGAAGUGCCACCAAGUCCUCUUCGCCGUUUCGGAAGCCUCUCGGAUUUUUUUCGAGAAGGUUUUGCCGUGCAUCGUCAUCAAGUUUCGCUACCUCUGGCUCUUCUGGUUCCUGGCCUUGACCGUGGGCGGGGCCUACAUCGUGUGCAUCCACCCCAAGAUGAAGCUGCCCUCCUUGGAGCUGUCCGAGUUCCAGGUGUUCCGGCCGUCCCACCCUUUCGAACGAUACGACGCCGAGUUCAAGAAGCUCUUCAUGUUCGAGCGCGUCCACCACGGCGAGGAGCUCCACAUGCCCAUCACGGUCAUCUGGGGUGUGUCCCCCGAGGACAACGGCAACCCGCUGAACCCCAAGAGCAAAGGCAAGCUGACGCUGGACAGCAGCUUCAGCAUCGCCAGCCCGGCUUCCCAGGUCUGGAUCUUGCGCUUCUGUCAAAAGCUGAGAAAUCAGACCUUCUUUUACCAGACGGACCAGCAGGACUUCACCAGCUGCUUCAUCGAGACCUUCAAGCAGUGGAUGGAGAACCAGGACUGCGACGAGCCUGCCCUGUACCCCUGCUGCAGCCACUGGAGCUUCCCCUAUAAGCAGGAGAUUUUCGAGCUGUGCAUCAAGAGAGCCAUCAUGGAGCUGGAGAGGAGCACCGGCUACCAUCUGGACAGCAAGACCCCGGGGCCGAGGUUCGACAUCAACGACACCAUCAGGGCCGUGGUGCUGGAGUUCCCGAGCACCUACCUCUUCACGCUGGCUUAUGAAAAGAUGCAUCAGUUUUAUAAAGAGGUGGAUGCGUGGAUUUCCAGCGAGCUCAGCUCGGCCCCCGAGGGCCUCAGCAACGGCUGGUUCGUCAGCAACCUGGAGUUCUACGACCUGCAGGAUAGCCUCUCGGACGGCACCCUCAUCGCCAUGGGGCUGUCCGUGGCUGUGGCCUUCAGUGUGAUGCUGCUGACAACGUGGAACAUCGUCAUCAGCCUCUAUGCCAUCAUCUCAAUCGCCGGAACCAUCUUUGUCACCGUGGGCUCUCUCGUCCUGCUGGGCUGGGAGCUAAACGUCUUGGAGUCGGUCACCAUUUCCGUCGCGGUUGGCCUGUCCGUGGACUUCGCCGUCCAUUACGGGGUGGCUUACCGCCUGGCCCCCGACGCCGACCGCGAAGGCAAGGUCAUCUUCUCUCUGAGCCGCAUGGGCUCGGCCAUCGCCAUGGCGGCACUGACCACCUUCGUGGCCGGGGCCAUGAUGAUGCCCUCCACGGUCCUGGCUUACACCCAGCUGGGCACCUUCAUGAUGCUCAUCAUGUGCAUCAGCUGGACGUUCGCCACCUUCUUUUUCCAGUGCCUGUGCCGGUGCCUUGGGCCGCAGGCUGCCUGUGGUCAGAUUCCUUUACCCAGAAGACUCCAGUGCAGUGCCUUCUCCCAUGCUCUGUCCGCAAGUCCGGGUGACAAGGGACAGAGCAAGACCCAUGCCAUGAAUGCUUAUCGUUUGGAUCCCAGGGACCAAAAGUCUGAAAUGGACCACGAGUUUUAUGAGCUUGAACCCCUGGCCUCCCCCAGCUGCUCGGCCUCUGAGAAGAGCACUUAUGAAGAGACGCACAUCUGCUCGGAGUUUUUCAACAGCCAGGCAAAGAGUUUAGGACUGUCCGUCCGCGCAGCCUACCAGGGCGAGCUCAGCCAGAGCACCAAACCCGAAACGAGCUCUGCCCUCUUCCAGCCCUCCCUGGAACAGCACACCGUGUGUCACUUCUUCUCUCUGAAUCAGAGAUGUGGCUGCCCAAAUGCCUACACACACUUGAAAUACGGCCCGCACGCCUGCCAGCAGAUGGGUCACUGCUUGUGCCACCAGUGCGCUCCACCUACCAGCGGCCUUGUCCGUGUCCAGAAUGGCCUGGUGCCCCUGAAAGCGGCCCGCCAGGUCCCCGAGGGCUUCGUGCAUCCCCUCCCGCACGUGCAUCCCUGUCCCUGCCUCCAGGGCAGAGGGAAAGCGCCCGCGAUGCAGAAGUCGCUGCCCAGGGGGCUUUUCCUCCACCCGGUGCAGCAUCAUCAGGCCCCAGAAAAAGGCAGUCAGAACUGCGUCCACAGUCUGCAGAGCACCGAAGAGGGUCUCCCAGAGAUGGCAGAGCCCUCACCCUCGUCGUCGCUCUGCAGAGACGCUGCAGCUGUGCAAAAAGCGUGCUGGGAGCCUGGGACUCACCAAAGGGGACUCUGUAAACACAGGGACCUCAGGGGCGGGGCAGGCAGCACAGCGGCUGCAAACCAGGGUUCGUGUUCAGUGAGUCAGAGCGACAAGGCGGAAGGGCUGGUGGAGCCGCGCGUGUCACAGACUGACGUCAUUGCGAGCUCGGGACACUUAAGUCAGAGCGAACCGCAGUUUCUGUUUAACCACUUAGUGGGGGAGGCCGCCUAUGGGUGCUGCCCAAGCAACCCACCGCGCUGCGGCAGAGUCGGGAGGAUUAAGUGGGGUUCCGCGGAUUGUCAAAUACCAAACAUUGAAACCAACGUGCCUGCUGUGUCAACACACUCAGAACUUUCCGGCGAAAGUUUGUUAAUCAAAACACUUUAAUAAAUAUAGUAUUAAACCAG